GACCAAAUUUUGGCUCCAACUCACAGAAACAGAACGGAAAUUAGGGGAAAACUGAAAGGGUUGUACUAUACCUUUUCAGAGCGAGAGAUUGUUAGCCGGAGAAGAUGGAUGUUGAAGAACUACUCGAUUUCGAGAGAGAAGAUCCUCUUGCUCCUUCCCCUGUUGCGGCUAGGAAAAGGAAAAAGGUUAUUGGGUUGGAUGAUCUUUUGACUGAUUAUUAUAAAGAACGAAGUAAGAAUGUGGAGAAGGAGGCCAAGAAACCUGCUAAGGCCCCAAAAAACUACAAUUCUGAUGAGGAUGAGACUGGAAAAGAAGCUAAGCUGUCAGAAAUUGUUAAUCUCUGCCAAAAACAGAUGAAAGAGAUGAGCAGUGAGGAAGAGAUUUCUCACUGGGGCAUAAGGGUCUUUGGAAACCAGAAGACUCCACCCCCUUCUGUAUUUCCUGAGCUUGAAGAUUGCUCACUUUUGCAGUCUUUUGUGAAUGGUGAGCUUAAUUCUCUGGUGGGACUUACUGCUGAAACAGGUUGCUCUUUCCUUGAAGGAUUAUUAAUAAAUGGAUGGCUCUCAAGAUUGGUCUUUAAGUGUGGUUACCUAGAAAAAUCAAUAGCCACGUGGACCUUUAAUAUGAUGUUAUAUUCAUCCAAAGAAGAAGUAAGUUCAUCUGCAUGUGACUUUUGGUGCUCUACACUUUCACCAAUAAAUGAGGUUGGUAAAAUGCCCAUUAAAAUUGAAUGGUUACCCACCUAUAUGGAUCUCAAGAGAGCUCUUGAAACAUAUGGUUUUCUUUUCAAUUUUUCAUCCAACCCUGAAUCAGUUAAUCCUGGCUCUGAUGGGAAAGGGCCACCCCAAAAUAUUGGAUCCUGGUUUAAAAUUACCGCUGCUUGUUGUCAAGUAAGGGAUAAGCAGUCUAUCUUUCUGACUUCUGAAGCUGAAGAGUUGGUUGAAGUCAUUGUUUGGCAAUUUCUCGAUCACCAACUUCAAGGUCUAUCUGUUGUUAUGUACAAUUGUAUGCAGUCAGCUCUCAGUUAUUUUUCUGCUGAUGAAUGGAAUACCAGCUGUGCAAAAAUAGCGAAUUCUCUUGCUUGCAGAAUUCCUAGGGAUUUGAAUUGCUUGCGAGCAGUUGAAUGCAUUUCAGGAUCAGACACCCAUAGCAAGCAGCUCAGAAGUGCUCUUGCCUUCCAGAUUCUUGUAAAUUGUCUUGAGAAGAAGGCUACUGAUGAAGAAGGGAUCUUGAAUAUGCUUAUCUCACUCAAUGUGAAAGAAAAAGACAAUGAUUUCUUCAAGAUGUACAUUUAUUUGGUUUUGACCGAAAAUUGGCUUCUGUAUGAUAAAAAAUUGGAAGACAAGCCAGUGAUCAUGGAAAUGUGGGGUCUUUUUCUUCGCAACUGUUCUUGCCAAAUCUCUAGCAUGGAUUUGAGAUCUUAUGCUUCCAAGGUUCGCAGUAAAGCUUCAUUCCUUCUCCAAGGCACUUGCUGCAAAUAGUCAAAUGUAUCCCAUACCAUCCCUAGGAAAAAAACAUAGUCAAUAUGUGUUCAAGUUGUAUUCGGUGUUUAUGUUUGGUUUUGGCAGUCCUCUCCUCUCGUUUCUUCUUUUUUCUUUUUUUGACAGGAAGAAAUACAGUGUUAGGUUAGUAUCUGUUCGAGAAAAGUUGAGUUUGGAAUUCGACAUGCAAACCAAAGCGUGUUCCAUCUGCUUUUCAUUUUAAAAAAACAUGACCGCCACUACGACCACAUGGGAGAAUGUCGUUUCUUCCUUUUUCUUUUUUUGAUAGGAAGAAAUACAAUGUUAAAUUAGCAUCUGUUCAAGGAAAGUUGAGUCUGGGACUCGACUUACGGAUCAAAGUGCAUUCUACCUGCUUCCCACUUUGGAGAAGCAUGAUAGUCACUGUGGCCACAUGGGGGAAUGUCGUUUCUUCCUUUUUCUUUGUGUGGCCUAGGAUGUCAGGAACUGGAAACUGCCAUCUAGAGAUGGAUUAUUUGAUAAUAUAAUUCUCGAUAAUAU